CCAAGAUUAAAGAAAACAAAGAUCAUUCCUUUUAAAAAUUGUAAAUAAGAGAAUUAAUUGACCUCGAUCUUGCUUCCCUUUUAUCUGCUUUCAACAGUUCUUCCCCUUUAAAACAUUGUGUAGUAUCAUUAAAUUGUCCAGCCAUUAUCUAUCCUUUAAUCCACUGAACUUCAACACAUCUGUCUCAUGAUGAUUUUCAUUAGUAGUUGAUGUUGGAACAAAAAUGAAAGGAAUUCAUUUAUCAUAUAAAAAGUGUAAUUUUAGUGAUGUUGCAGCGCUUCAGGACAAAGACACCAAGCACUAGUAUCUUUGUACAAAUUUAUUCAGUAUAUUAUCUUCAAUAUGCCAUUCAAGCCAAGUCUUCUGCUCUUUCAACACAAUCCAAUUAUUACAGCUAUUCGAAUUCAUAUACUUAUCUGUUUGAAACAUGUACCACCAUCAGACAACUCUUCCAGCUGCGCGCCCACAUGAUCAUAUCUGGUCAUUCCCAAAACAUUUAUCUAUUACCCAAGCUUGUCUCAAAAUAUGCUGCGUAUGGCGUCAUGGCAGAUGCACGCCAACUGUUUGACAAAACGCACAAACAAAAUAUUUAUCUGUGGACUGCCAUGAUCAAUGGGUAUGUUCGUAAUGGCUUGUUUGAGGAUGCCGUUCUACUAUAUCACCAAAUGAAUGCCGAUGGCAUAAGUGCUGAUCGUUUUAUCUUCAGCUCUGUUAUCAAGGCAUGCGCAAAUCUGUCCGCUCUGCAGGAGGGCAUAGAGAUACAUAAUGACAUAGUUAGAGCUGGGUUUGAGUUGGACACUGUUGUGGGCACUGCCCUCGUAGCUAUGUAUGCAAAAUGUGGAGAAAUUGAGGUUGCGCGUGAAAUGUUUGAUAAAAUGCUUGAACGGAAUGCUGUCACCUGGAGUGCAAUUAUUGCUGGUUAUGCUCUGAAAAGGAAAACUAGUGAAGCUUUAAGGUUAUUUAAUGAAAUGCAAAUGCAGGGUAUCAAGCCCGAUUCUGUUAUUAUGGUAAGCGUUCUUCCCGCAUUCACCCGUUUGUCUGAUUUACGACUUGCAGAGUGUAUUCAUGGUUAUGUAAUAAGAAGCGGGUUUGAAUUUGAUUUUGUUGUGAGCAGUGCCCUCAUAGACAUGUAUUGCAAAUCUGGACGUGUAGGUUUUGCACGGCAGGUGUUUGAGAAAAUGCCUGAAGGAAAUGUUGGCUCAUGGAACGCCAUGAUUGCUGGUUAUACUCAGAAUGGAUGUGCUGAAGAAGCAUUGCUACUAUUCAAUGAAAUGCAAGUGUCGGGUGUUGAACCGAAUUUGAUUACUAUGGUGAGUGUGAUACCGGCAUCUGCCCAUUUAUCAGCUCUGCAUCUAGGCAAGUGCAUUCAUGGUUAUGCUAUUAGAAGUGGGUUCCACUCAGAUGUUAUGAUAGUAACUGCACUGAUAGACAUGUAUGCCAAAUCUGGAAGUAUGGAGAGUUCGCGGAGUCUGUUUGAGAGAAUGCCCAAAAGAAAUGUGGUCUCAUGGAAUUCUAUGAUUGCUGGCUAUGCUCAGAAUGGAUAUGCCAGUGAAGCUUUGACACUCUUCAGUGAAAUGCAACUGCAAGGUUUAAAGCCUGAUUCAGUAACUGUGGUGAAUGCUCUCCCUGCAUGUGCACAUUUAUCAGCUUUGCAGCUAGGUAAGGGCAUCCAUGGUUAUAUAAUCCAAAGCAAUCUUGAGCCAGAUGUCACUGUAUGCAAUGCGCUGCUUGACAUGUAUGCCAAGUGCGGGAUGGUAGGAUGCACAUUCCAAUUGUUUGACAGCAUGUCUCAGAAGACUCUGGUUUCAUGGAAUACUAUGAUUGGUGGAUGUGGAAUGCACGGGUAUGGUAAGGAUGCUCUUGCUUUUUUCACACGAAUGCAGCAGGAAGGCAUAACACCUGACCAUAUCACUUUCAUUUUAGUUUUGUCUGCAUGCAGCCACUCUGGCCUUUUGGAUGAAGGAUGGCAGUGUUUUGACUCCAUGACUGAGGAUUAUCGUAUCACUCCUAGCAUGGAACAUUAUGCGUGCAUGGUAGAUCUUCUUGGGCGCUCUGGGCUUCUGGAUGAAGCCCACGACUUUAUCAAAAGGAUGCCAACUAAGCCAAAUUUUGUUGUGUGGGGGAGCUUGCUUGGUGCCUGUAGAGUUCAUGGCAAUGUUUUGCUAGCAGAGUCUGCUAUGAAACAUAUUCUAGAACUGCUACCGGAAAGUGUUGGACAUUAUGUACUGCUGUCAAAUAUCUAUGCUGAGACUGGCAGGAGGGAUGCUGCAGCAAAAUUGAGGAAUAUGGUGAAAGUCAAAGGACUGAAAAAGGCUCCAGGAUGCAGCUGGAUUGAGAUAAAUAGCAGCAUUCAUUCCUUCUUUGUAGCAGAAGGUGAAGGUGAAGGUUAUGGUUGAUUAGAAUCCAAGGUUAUAACUUGCAGGGCUAUAUUAAUAGUUUGCAGCAUAUCUUGAUUCAAUUCAUCACUGAACAGUAAAGCCAAACUUAUUUCCAUUGCAACUUAAGAACAAAGGAGAUCGCAGAAUGCAUCCUCAAACUAAGAAAUACUGAAGGGUAACGAUUCUUGCAAGAUGGAUCGAGGCAUUGUAGUAUGUGCCCAAUAUUAACUUUAUACUGCCCUAAUUGAGGAACUUGUGAACGACAUAAUUUUAUACAUAUAAGUGUUGGACGUUACGUAUUGCUGUCAAAUAUCAAUGCUGAGACUGACAAGUGGGAUGAUGCAGCAAAAUUGAGAAAUAUGGUAAAAUUCGAGGGACUGAAAAAGAUUCCAGGAUGCAGCUGAAGCUUAUGGUUGAUUACAAUUCAAAGUUACAAUCUGCAAACCUAUAUUAAUAGUUUGCAGGAUAUCAUGAUUCAAAUCAUUACUAAACAGUGAAGCCAAAAUUAUUGCCGCUGCAGCUGAAGAGCAAUGGAGUGCCUAGAUUGCAUCUUUAAUUUAAUAAUACAUAAAACGUAACCAUUCUUUUUAGAUGGAUUGAGGCAGCAUAGUAUGUGCCCAACAUUAAUUUUAUAGUGCACAAUUUGAGGAGCUCGUGAAUGAAGCCUUGUGAACGACUAGCUAUUUCCUUGUGGCUAAGAGUAGUUACGGGACCUUUAUCUGCAUUGUGAACACCUUUGUUGUCUCACAACUGUCAUAAUGUCAACAAGUUCUCUCACAACCGUGAAAGUUGCAAACCAUUUUUGAUCACUUCAAGCAUAGCCUGGGUGAUGAUAUGGGAACUAGAAACAAAGCAAGCACAAGUUUGAACGGCAAUUAACUCACGCACACUAAUUGGUUCAGUUCAGUUAUGAUAA